AACUACAGCUAAACGAUAACAUCAAAAUCUGGGCAAAAAGUGGAAGAAAAAAAAUUCACGGACCACACAGCACGCUAACCGCGGACUUGAAACCCCGUUCAAUUCCAAUUAAUGGAAAGCAUCUUUGUUGGCGUCUGUAUUCUUCGUUCGGGGCGAUGCUUGGAAAAAUUUGGUCAAUAAUAUUUUGUUUGGGAGAAGUAAGGGAGGAGAAGAGCAGAGUUUCUACGUCUCUCUGUGCGAAAAAAUGAACGAUCUGCUACUUUGAGGAGUUUCUGUGUUGGCAAUUGGCGUCUGGUUAAGCUUCACCCUUGGUUCAUCCAACCCUUAGGUGUCAGAAUCGCUGAAAAGCCUCCCGCCGGGGUGUUGCAUCGCUGCCCUUUGAUCGAAGUCCGCCGUUCCAGGGUUUGAUUGAGAGCCGUCCUGAUGACUCGUUAAAAUUUAGCGUUUAAAGCCUAAAUUCAGGAGGUCUAGGGUUCAAUUCUCAUCGAGGGGACUUGCCGUAGAAUUUUGCCUAGGGUUUUAAGGACUGCGGGCUACACUUAGCUUUAUAAUCGAGAUUAUGCAGAGCGGCUGGGGCGGCGGCGCAAGAUAGCAGGAGGCUGGAGUGAUUUUCGUUUCAAAACUGCCACGGCCAUGGACAACUUAGUCUCUCGUUGCCAGGAUAAAUUGACAUUCUUUCGUCUUAAAGAAUUAAAAGAUGUUCUGAGCCGGCUUGGUUUGGCUAAACAAGGGAAGAAGCAGGUUCUUCUGGACAGGAUAAUGGCCAUGCUUUCUGAUGAUAAAGGGUCCAAGCUACAUGGAUGGGGCAACAAACAUCUCAUUGGAAAAGAUGAGGUGGCGAAAAUAAUUGACGAUAUUUACAGAAAGAUGAAUGGCCACGAAGGUUCUGAGUUAGCUUCAAAAAAUCGAAAUGCCACAAGUAUUAAUGUUAUAGCACGUUCAGAGGAUAUUCAGGAAAUCAACCUACCAGAAGCGAAGACAUGCUGCCCCUGUGGAAGUUCACAGGAGAAUGGUCACAUGAUUCAGUGCGAUGAUCCCAAAUGUGGAGUUUGGCAGCAUCUAGGAUGUGUUAUCAUUCCAGAAAAUCCUGUUGAAGGUUUUCAACCAGAGCCACCUCCUCAAUUUUAUUGUGACAUCUGUCGUGUCAAUCGUGGAGAUCCGUUCUGGGUAACUUUGUCGCAACCUGUUAUGCCAACAAAGCUCGUCACUUCCCCAAUAACUGUUGAUGGGACAAACCCUUCACAGACUUUGGAUAAGACAUUUUUAUUGACAAGGGCAGAUAGAGAUCUAUUACAGAAGACGGGGUGUGAGCUGCAGGUAUGGUGCAUUCUCCUAAAUGAUAAAGUACCUUUUAGGAUGCAUUGGCCACAAAAUGCUGAUCUUCGAGUAAAUGGAAUAUCAAUUAAGGUUACAAACAGACCGAGUGCUCAACUACUGGGAGCCAAUGGUCGCGAUGAUGGUCCUGGGAUUACAGCAUGCAUCAGAGAAGGAACAAAUAGAAUAGCAUUGCAAGCAUAUGACCCUCGGUCUUUUGCUCUAGGUGUAAGAAUUAUGCGUCAUCAGACAAUUCCACAGGUGAUGAGCAAGAUCCCAAGUGAGUUAGAAGGGGAGCCUUUUAAAGAGGCCCUAGCUCGUGUUUGUCGAUGUGUUGGUGGCGGUGCAUCUUUUGGGAAGGCUGAUGACAGUGACAGUGAUUUGGAAGUUGUAGCUGAGUCAGUUACAGUCAAUCUACGAUGCCCUAUGACUGGAUCUCGUAUGAAAGUUGCUGGGAGAUUCAAACCUUGUGUUCAUAUGGGUUGUUUUGAUCUAAAAGCAUUUGUAGAGCUCAACCAACGUGCAAGAAAGUGGCAGUGUCCUAUAUGCUUGAAGAAUUAUUCACUCGAGAACAUUAUUAUUGACCCGUAUUUCAAUAAAAUUACUGCUUUUAUGGAAGGCUACUCUGAGGAUGUAACCGAAGUUGAGGUGAAGCCAGAAGGUUCUUGGCGUCCAAAGCUAGAAGGCAAGAUUGCACUUGCUGAAAGAUGGCAUCUGCCGGAUGGAACUAUUGCUCCAAUAAAUGGAGAAUUUUCUCCUCGAAAGGAGCUUCCUGUCAAAGUUAAGAUAGAGAAAGAGGGUACAUCAGGUCACAUGUCAUUAAAGAUUGGAAUCAAAAGGAAUCAUGAUGGCUGUUGGCAAGUGAGUGGAGCUAAAGACAUGUUGUCGUCUGGUGUGAAUGGCUCUGGUAAGCGUGGAAAACUGAAUCAAAAAGUUGUGCCAGCAAGUAGUAGUGCAACAUCUACAAACAGAGAUGAUGAAGAUCCUAGUGUCAACCAAGAAGGAAGUGAGAACCCUGAUUUCUCAGUAACCAAUGAUGCUGGCUUUGAAUCUCCAUUUCUUGAUUUUAAUAAUUUGGACACAGGUGUCAGGCAUGGUAGUUCUGAACUUCCAAAGGAACCAGAAGUAAUUGUUGUAAGCGAUUCGGAGGAAGACAAUGUUGAUACAAUAAACAUUAGUUCAUCGGCCAGGCAAGCUUUUGGUGUCUCUGAUGCUUUUGCUCAAGGGAUAUCAGUACCAUUAAAUUCUUCUGAAGUAUUACAUGAUAUGGUGAACACUGAUUGUGAUGGUGUUCCCUUUAUACCUACCAAUUCGACUCCAGUUCUGGGGUCCUUCUCGGAACCAAUCCCACCACAGAGUAGCAUUAACUCUUCGCUUGGUUUUUUCGGUGCUACUGGUGCUGAAUUCAGCGAGUUUCCAAUGCCUAAGUGGUUAUCAAGACCUCAGAACUCAACAUUUCGUUUGUUUGGUGCUGAUGCUGAUGUUUCAGAUGGUACUGCAAAUGCUCAUUGUACAUCUGUAGUACGACCUACACCUGUCAGCAGUUAUGGAUUUGAUUUGGGGGCAAGAGAGCAGCAGGAAAACACAUUAGUGGAAUCAAUGAUGCCUGACUACAACCAGUUACAGGAUUGUCCAUUCUCUUCUUUGAAUACAGAAGGAAAUGGCGAUUUAGAUAAUUCUCUGAGAGGUGAAACUGAAGACGCUCCAUUGCAGUACUUUCUUCCACCUCAGCCAGCUCGAGCAACUAUUCAGACUGAUUAUAGAGACCGUGUAAUCACAUCUGAUGAUGUACAGACUGAUUGGAUUUCACUUAGUUUAGGUGGUGGCACCAAUAUAGAUAAAACAAAUUACAAGGAAUCUACUUCAGCAGCAUGCAGUAGACAGCAGUCCACACCUGAGGGGGAUGGACUCGAAUCAUUAGCUACAGCUUCUGUACUCUUAAAUAUGAGCGAUAGUAGAGCUGAAGUAGCAUCAGAUGAUAAUCAGGAUUCUGAAAGUCCAUUCUCAUAUCACCAACGCCCUCGUUCAGCUAGGCCUCGACAGAGGCAUCGCAUUUAUUUUUCUGUUAAUUCAGAUUCUGAUUAGCUAGUAGUGUUCAGCAUCAGCUCUGUUGCCAGUUGUGCGUGCAGGCUGGAAAUUUUCUGCUCCUGGAGAACUUUGGCAGCCAUAGUAGCCAGAUUAAUAUUCGGGAUGGACUCGGCUUGGCCGAAGAGUUUCUAACAUAAUUCUUUGGACUGACUUUGCGGCUUCAACAUGCAGUUAAUUGUAAAAUAGUUUUGAAAAUGCACCAGGUUGUUCCAAAUUGUAUACGCUACAACUCAGACAAUGGUGCUGUGUAGUUUAUAUUGUUCAUUACCAUUGUAGAUUAAACAAAUGUAAAAUUUAUCCCAAUUGUUUGGUUCACUUGGGAGUCUGUGAUUGAUAUUUUUUCUUUUCUACAGUUAAUCUUAAUGUCUUGGGUUGUAAGAGAGCAAAUUUCCAGCUUAAAAUACUUGUACUGUUUUACCAAUGAAUGCCCACCACUCGGGGAUUCUUUUUAAGCCUGUAACAACUUGAAGGCAGGGUUUGCAAUGAUCAAAAGUUAGAAGGUAAGGAAGGAGCUGCUAAGAAAAUUAUACAGCAUGAGCUAUCUUGAUGAUAAUGAAUAGGAUGGUCAUGGGCCAGUUUGUGGCCACAAAUUUUCACUACUGAGGAAGUUUCUGAGUGUAAUUGGAUCUUGGAAGCCAAGAUGUUCUUGUUAUACAUGCAGGAAAAUUCCAGAUUUUGACUCAGUUACGGAAUUUUACAAACAUUGCUUUACAUGCAAGGAUCAUUUUUGGUUGUCUUGAACUGAAAAUUCUGAAUCAAUAUCUCUGCUCUUUUCUCUGUAGAAACAUAAAUGUAAGAUGCUCAAGAGAGGCAAGUAACAUCACUUUGCCAUGUGGAUUCUCUACGGUGAGGAUAAGCCUUAGCAAUCACAAUUGUAGGGUCAAGAUAAAUAGCUGCAAGUGGGAGCAAAUUUGAGCGCUGCAAGAUGAAGGGAGCUUAUCAGUUUUUAACAUGCCUUUUAGCCAAAAGUUCUACAAUGGGCUUUCUUCCUGGUGGUAUUUUUUUCACGAGGCUUGUGGGUGUAUCGAAGUUUCCGGUGGUUUUGUAUGUAAUUUUAUCUUUGUAAAGAUGAAAUAUAUAGAAUGUAAUGAUCGAGUCAGCAUGAUUGCACUUAGCAGCAUUUCAAUUGUACAUUGAAUGAAGCUUACAAUGAUCUUGUCAGCCUGUGUCUUAGUAUUCUUAGAAACGCUGACAUUAUUUUUGGCAGUGUCAGGACUGGUAUAAAGAAUCUGCAGAGAGCAGUGAUGACGUACAGGUGGCUUAUAUUUGAUUAAUCAAUUUAUAGUUAUGCAGCACAUUCUGACAUGCAUUUCAUAACAAUGCUUGGAGUUUAUACAUUCUUGGAAUUGGUUUAAGAUGAGGAUGUAAAAAGGUGCCCUUUAUCAUUGACAUUUCUCUCGACUUUGUUUUUAUGCUACAAAAUGCACCUACAGACAGAAGGAAGUCAAUGAGCUCCUCAAGCAGAGUAAGAAAUGUGAAAACAAACAUCCUUGUAGGCAAGUUUUUGGGCUUUAUAUUUGAAUAAGAUCAAACAUUAUUGUUUGGUGUUUUGAAGGGA